ACCCACAAUGCAGUGCGGCAGGAAGUGAAGAAACAGAUAAACAGAUAUGUAAACAAUGUGUUCAGGGCUGUAGGAGCCAUGCGCCAGUGUAAAAGACACCUCAAACCACCUUGGGAACAUAGACUUGGCUACUAAAGAUCGUCUCGUUCUCAUGAUACUCUGAAGUUCACUGCCACCUUGCCAGUCCCUUCCCAGAUGCUGGUCUUCAGUAUGGGUGACUGGUCGGGAUUGUCUAGUGACGGUAAAGUGGAGGUUCAGCUGGAAGUUGGUGGAGGAGCUGUGGUCAGAAUGGGAACCCUGACCCAUGAAGCAAGAUGUUUCCUGUGGGAGCAUACGUCCAAGGAUGACUACAAAAGCUGCAAAUCAGGGAACGGAGAGUUUUCUAUCAGCAUGGUUAUACAGAGACAGGUCUCUGUUAAAGCCAGUCACCAAAACCAAGAACGCAAGAAGAGAAAGAGGCUGAAAGAAGAAGAGAACAUUUGUCCUAAUAAGGGACCCGUGAAAGGCCCAGUUACACAGCAAAGGGCCAAGAGUGGUAAAGAUGGAGCCCUCCCAAAGAUGACUCCUGGUAAAGGAAAUGGGAUUAUUUCGGGUGUUCCAACAGGACGCUGGGGGCAUGCCUUAUGUCAUGCUGACUAUCAAACAGUGAUUCUCAUUGGUGGACAAGGAGCACGAAUGCAGUUCUGUAAGGACUCCAUGUGGAAACUUAAUACAGAGAGCAAGACCUGGUCUCCUGUGGAAGCGUUGGCAGAUGGCUCCACUCCAGAAGCACGUACAGGCCACACUGCAGUGUUUGACCCUGAAAGCCACCGAAUAUAUGUGUUUGGAGGUUCAAAAAAUCGAAAGUGGUUCAAUGAUGUUCAUAUAUUGGAUACUGUGGCAUGGAGAUGGAGGAGUGUGGAGGCUCAAGGCAAAGUACCUCCUCUUUCCUAUCACACUUGCACUCUUAUUCGGGGAGAGUUAUUUGUGUUUGGAGGCGUUUUUCCAUGUCCCAAUCCUGAACCGGAUGGAUGCAGCGACUCCGUUUAUAUCUUUGAUCCACAGCAUGAGAUCUGGUACCAGCCCAUUGUUUUGGGGAAUAAACCUGCUGCACGCUCUGGGCAUUCAGCCUGCCUUCUGGACAAAGAGCUGUAUGUCUUCGGGGGCUGGGACACACCAGUGUGUUACAAUGAUCUUUAUCUUCUUGAUCUUGGACUUAUGGAGUUCUCCCCAGUUGAAGUGAAUGGAAGCUCCCCCUCACCCCGCUGCUGGCAUUCCUCAGCCUCAGUGUCCAGUUCCCGUUUCCUAAUCCAUGGUGGUUAUGAUGGAAACCAGGCUCUUAAUGACACUUACAUAUUCAAUACAGUAACAAAAACUUGGACUACAUUGGUCCAUAAUUCACUGCCAUGUUCUCCUCGGGCUGGUUAUUCCAUGUUGUCCCUCCCUGGAGUGAAGGGUGAUGAUGAGGAACCUACCCCUAAUGAGAUUCUCAUCUUUGGAGGAGGAGACAAUGAGGGCCAGUUCUACAGUGAUACAGUCAGGCUGCAGAUAUCGGAUAUCCUUGAUUACUAGCUUCUUAUGUGUGGAUUUCCCUUUUACAUUACUAACCUUUCAGAAUUUUCCUUUUUAAGUGUAUAUUUAUAAUGGUGAUUGUAAAUAGUUUUAAUAUAUAUAUGUUUCUUUCAGAAGUUUGCUUUCUGAAAUAAAAAGCAGAAAUUUUCCAGAUGUACUAUGUACCAAAAUGUGUCAAUAAAAAUUAACAUAGUAUUUUCAUUUCUCCCACGACAGCACCACAGAGAGGAUCCGCCCCAGGGACAGGAAACCUGCAGAAUAAAAAGGUGGAGCCUCUCUUCAACCUCAGUGGUUUCCUGUCCCUGGAGCGGGAAACUUGCAGUGUUCCUUUCAUGUACUGCUAGCCUAGGAGAUCCCAGAAAUGUUCUGGAGGGCUAUGUGGAAAUACCUGCCAGGGUCUAUCACCCAUAGUUUUGGGCUGACAGGACCCUAGGAACCGGGUGGGGUGACGACAUUUGAACCCCAGAUCCAUGGUUAAGAGGAAGCAGCCCAGAGGGGUAUUGCAUUCCACCGCAUGCAGCACGGGUCCAUGCAGGGUCUGCUCAUGGGAACAUGUAUUCCGGUGCAUUCUCCGGAAUGCGGCUCAGACGAGGAAGAAGGAGCCUAUAUCAUGCAGCUCCCAUGGCUGUGAAAGAAGGUACUCCUUAUAUUGACUCUACUUAAGUUACACAGCAAAUAUUUGGUUGUCUUCCUCAUGGCUUUGGGGCCUGUCUCAUGGAUUUGGGGCCUGCCUCUUGGCUUUGGAAGGACUGGAUGACUGUCUUCAGGCUUUCUUGCCUGAACAUCUCUGUUAUGUUGGUUUUUCUGAUUACU